GUUCCAGAAGCGGCGGCGGCGGCGGCGGCGGGGCCGCAGGAUGAGGGCGGCGGCGGGGCCGGGGCCGGCGGGGCCGCUGCUCGGCGCCGGGUCCGGGUCCGGGUCCGUGGCGCUGGCCGUCACCAGCAGCCUCAACGCCUUCCGCACCCACAAGCGCUAUGGCACCGGCCUCACCAUCGCCGAGUUCAAGUGCAAACUGGAGCUGGUGGUGGGCAGCCCGGCCUCCUGCAUGGACCUGGAGCUGUACAGCGCCGAGGAGGAGCCGCUGGGCCGCCUGGACUGUGAUGAGGCCCUGCUGGGCUCCUACCCCGUGGCCGAUGGUUGCCGCGUGCACGUGAUUGACCGGAGCGGGGCGCGUAUCGGGGAGUACGAGGACGUCUCGCAGGUGGAGAAGUACGAGAUGGCCGAGAGCGACUAUGAGAAGCGGCCAGAGUCCCUGCGCUCCUUCCUCCGCCAGCGCCGGUGGGGACGUUACGACGCCGAGGGGACGCGGCGCCGGGCGGCCGAGGAGCAGCAGCGCCGGGCGCAGGAGGCAGCGCUGGCGGCCGCCCUCCCCCUGGGCGCCCGCUGCCAGGUCCGCGUCCCCGGCCAGCCCUGCAAACGGGCCACCGUCAUGUACGUCGGCCAAACCGAUUUCAAGCCGGGAUACUGGGUGGGCGUCCGCUACGACGAGCCGCUGGGCAAGCACGACGGCAGUGUGGGCGGGCGCCGUUAUUUCGAAUGCCAGCCCAAGUACGGCGCCUUCGUCAAGCCCCAGAGCGUCACCCCCGGGGACUUCCCCGAGGAGGACGAUGGCCUUGAGGACGAGCUGUGAGGGGACACGGGUGGGGUGGGGGGGGGGGGACACGGGUGGGGUGGGACACACACGUGCACAUCGCGGGGUGGGGGUGGGGGGGACACAGCAGGGGGGAAACGCGGCACCAGGGCGGGGGUUCGGGGCAGAGCACGGGGCGGGGGAGAACAGCCUCAAAUCGCUGCGUUUUCCCUUGUUUUGGGGCGCCCCCCCUCUCCCCCGCCUCUGGCGUGCCCCCCCCCGGCUGUUUCACCCCAAAAUCGCACCCUGGGCCCCCCCAACACCCCCUCCCUCCCCUUCCCCCCCGCCAAAAAAAGCUGGGUGCUGCUUGCUGGCGGGGGCGGGGCUCCCUGCUGGCCACGCCCUCUCGACCUUUGAGGGGCGUGGCCUGGCGCCUGUGUUACAGCCAAUGGGCGGGCGCGGUGAGGAAAAGGAGGCGGGGCCAGAAGGAGCGGCCGGGCGGCCGCCGCCGGAGCCGCGCCCCCCCCCCCCGCCCCCCCAGCCAAUCCCAGGGGGCACCGGCGGGGCGGCCCUGCCUCAUAAAGUGGUGUUUUAAGGUGAA